AUGCAUCUCGAUCACAAAAUUCCCUGGAACACGGCAGCAUCUCACUUCAGCCUCGUGCCGUCAAACACAGAGGGCCGCUUUGAUCUCGUCGCUCUCGGCCUACCUUCUCAAGCAUCCACUCUUGGCCACUUCAGUCGCGUGGUUUCAGCAACUAUCAAAGAGUUUUCAGAAACUGAGCUUACCAAAGUCCCGUCGACUCCGUCAUCUGCUAAGCUAUUCUCUGAUGACGUGCUUGUCUUUCCGGAGCGGCAUUUUGGUCUUGGCCCGCACGACACCAACUCGGCUCUGCACAACCCGUUGUCAACAUCCCACCAAGAUGUCAAGUAUUGGCAAACACGAGCUGAAGGAGGCACCUUUUGCUCCUCGGACGGCGAUUUGGCUGAUGCAGUCAAGAUGCUUGUUGUGAUAGCAGCCGUUGCCCCGCAGAAACCCCUUCGCACUGAAGCCUUGGCUGCUCUCUUGAGACUUGCUUCGGAAACUCCUGUGUCAAAGUUGCGUAGCGUGCAUUGGGGUCAUGCGUUUGGAGCAGACCUUGUUGCCGGCGUAGCUCUGCAGAUCUACGUGCUCUUGAACUUGACAGAGGCCGUUCAAUGUCGCCAGAAGGAACAGAUCUCCCUCUUGAAGAUUGACCCUCUUAUGGGUUUCCUAAACAGAGAUGCACUACAGGACUAUGACUACCCUGCUCAAAAUAUCCCGCAUCGUGCGUUCUGGAGUUCCAUUGGAGUCUUGAACCUGGGCAGGAGCUCGGCUGUCAGCAAUGAGGGUGACGUCGUUGAUCCACUUGCUCAAGCGGAUGACGAGAUCCACCAGGAGGCGAGGAGCGGGCUGCGGCAGUAUCUGAAGGAUUGCUUUGCCAUAUUGUACGUCUAUGAUGUUGUUCUGAGACAGGUCUGUGGCUCGGACGAAGCAGAGGAAUUCUGGGCCGAGGAAGUUGCCAGCGUAUUCUGGAGGCUUGGAUGUCAAAUGGGGGAUAACUAG